AUGGUUCACAACGUCGAGGCCGAAUCGCCUCACAACAACUUCGACACUAUCCUCGUGCUCGACUUUGGCUCCCAAACGAGUCAUCUUAUCCUUCGUCGUCUUCGUGCUCUUGGCGUCUUUGCUGAGCUGCUUCCGUGUACCACCAAGCUCGCUGAUCUGACAUGGAAACCCAAGGGAAUUGUGUUCUCUGGAGGUCCUUCUUCUGUCUACGACGAGGGCUCGCCCCAUGUUGACCCCGCUGUUUUUGACCUCGGUGUGCCUAUUCUGGGUAUUUGCUAUGGUUGCCAAGAGAUCGCAUGGCGCAUCGACUCAAAGAACGUUGCUCGCGGAGAGGCACGAGAGUACGGCCAUGCCGACGUCAACAUUACCAAGGUCAACAGCAAUGUCGACCGUCUCUUCGCUGGGUUGGGAGAUGAAAUUCCCGUGUUCAUGUCCCACUACGACAAGCUGAUUAGCUUGCCUGAGGGCUUUGUGGUCAUUGGUGCCACCAAGAACUCUGAGUACGCUGGCAUCGCCCAUGAGGAGAAGCCCAUCUUUGGUGUCCAAUUCCACCCCGAGCUCGAACACACACCCCGCGGAACCGAUAUCCUCCGCAACUUCAGCGUUGACAUCUGCGGCGCCAAACCGAACUGGAAAAUGGGCGACUUCGUUGAGCUCGAGAUCGCUCGUAUCCGGGAGCUUGUUGGUGACCGCGCACUCGUCCUUGGAGCUGUCAGUGGUGGUGUUGACAGUACUGUCGGAGCUGCCCUCAUGCGCGCUGCCAUCGGAGACCGCUUCAAGGCCAUCCUCAUCGACAACGGAUGCAUGCGUCUCAAUGAGUGCGAGCAGGUCAAGGAUACGCUUGGAAAGCACCUUGGCAUUGACCUCACAGUUGUUGAGGCUGGCGAUCUGUUCCUGGGUCGCCUCGCGGGUGUUUCUGAUCCCGAGAAGAAGCGGAAGAUCAUUGGAUCAACUUUUAUCGAUCUGUUCGAGCAAGAGGCUAUCAGGAUCGAGAAAGAGGCAGAGAACACUCCCAACAGCGGAAAGGUUGAAUGGUUCCUGCAGGGCACAUUGUACCCUGACGUUAUCGAAUCCUUGAGCUUCCGCGGUCCUUCGGCCACUAUCAAGACUCACCACAACGUUGGCGGUCUCCCUGAGCGCAUGAUGAAUGGCCAAGGCUUGCGUCUUAUUGAGCCGCUAAGACUUCUUUUCAAGGACGAAGUCAGGGCAAUUGGUCGUCAACUCGGCCUGCACGAGUCGCUGGUUAACCGCCACCCCUUCCCGGGUCCUGGCAUUGCCAUUCGCAUCCUGGGCGACGUUACCAAGGAGCGAGUCGAGAUUGCCCGCCAGGCUGAUCACAUCUUUAUCAGCAUGAUCAAGGAGGCCGGCCUCUACGAUCAGAUCUCUCAAGCCUUUGCUGGUCUCGAUACUAACCGCAGUGUUGGUGUUUUCGGUGAUCAGCGUGUCUGGGGUUACAUCAUCAUUCUCCGUGCUGUUCGCACCAAGGAUUUCAUGAGUGCAGAGAUUUUCAACUUCGAUAAUGCAUUCCUCCAGAAUGUUUCCCGCACCAUUUGCAACCAGGUCGAGGGCGUGGCCCGUGUUGUCUAUGAUCUGACCUCCAAGCCCCCUGGUACCAUUGAGCUGGAGUAG